ACUACUCUCUCUCUCUCUCUCUCUCUCAUUUCCCUUCCAUUUUCUCGGCAACUCUCUGCACCCACUAAACGCUCUCUCUCUCUCUCUCUCUCGCAAAUCGCGUUUCUUCCUUUACUUGAGAUUCUUUGUGCCACGCUUCUCGCCCACCAAAGAGCUGGAAUUGAAAGAUAGAUCAGAUGAGGAUCAGAGGUAAACGGCCACAAGAUCUCUCCCCCUCUGAAGUUCUCAAGUUUCAGACGAAUCUCGACAAAACCCACUCCUCAAUUUGCAGAGAAAAGUUUAACAAAAUCGAUGGAUCCAAGCCUCUGUUCACCCCUCCUCCCCCUUCUUCGUCGUCUCUGGAUAAUUAUUCUUCUCCGUCUUCUUCUCUCUCUACGGUGACUUCCUCGUCUGAAUUGGCCUCUGAGUCAAGCUCCAAAUACCAUGAGAGGUGCAGGGGUCUUGAUCUCCUGGCUCAAGCGGCUCUCAACCCCAUUGAAUAUGAUCUUGGCCAUGUUUCAACAGAGUGGGGGUCGUUUUUUGGAAUCCCAUUUCCUCAGAGAAAGGUUAUCAGAAGGAGAAACAAAGCUUCGAAGUUCAUCAAGAUCGGUAGCGGCAUUUUCAAUUCAGAGGAGAACAAGAGGGAUGAGGUGAGAGAAAGUGAUUCUAGUGAAAUGCAUUUGAGGAUUAAUCAGUUUGGUAAUGGUCGAUUAAAUUCAGCUGGGAAGAAGAAGAGUGUGGAGAGAGAAGGGAUUGUUGCGGUGGGUUUGAGGUCAAAGAGAAGUAGGUUGCAGUCGAUGCCUCACAGAUUCGGAGACUCUGUUCUUCAGCCAUGGAAACGAGGAACAAGAUCAAGAUUGACCGAUUGAUCAGUGAAGGUUGCAGAGUAAGGGGAAUACGAUGGAAUCAUGGAAUUGUAUGGCAAUUUUUUUGGUUGAUUUUUCAUGGGGUGUUUCCAAAGAGAAUUGGGCCUGUUUUCCUUCUGUUUCAUGGCGUGGUGGUUGAAUCCUGAAGACUAUAACGAUUGAAAUUCAUUCUGAAAAUUGGAGAUGCUCGGGUUCAAGCUUUUUCUAUUUCUUUCUUUCCAUCAAAACAGGAAUCCAAUUCAAUUUAGCUCUUAAUUCAUUAUUUGAACAGCCAUAAUAUUUGAAGCAUUGUAGUGCUCCUGUUUGUUUUUCUACUUUCCUUUUCAUGGUGAUUGAUUAUGAUCAAUGCUCAUUAGCAUGUAAGCUUAGACUCAAUAGUUGGACUUGCUUUUAUUCUUUCAAAAC